AUGGCAGAGAAAGAAGGUGCAAUUGUUGGCAAGGGCCAUGAGGAGGGAAUGAAAAUGGCAAUCUCCCUCUUAGAAGAAUCUGGACUUCCACUGGGGCUUCUUCCUCUGGCCGGCGUGAUCGAAGUCGGUUAUGUCAGGAGCACCGGUUACAUGUGGAUCCUGCAAAAGAAGAAGGUUGAACAUAACUUCAAGUUGAUUAGCAAGCUUGUGAGUUAUGACACUGAGAUCAAUGGUUAUGUUCAGAAGAAGAAGAUCAAGAAGCUCAAAGGGGUGAAGGCCAAGGAGCUUAUGCUUUGGCCUCCAGUUAGUGAAAUAAGUGUUGAUGAUCCUCCCACUGGGAAGAUUCACUUCAAGAGUCUUGCUGGGAUCACAAAAACAUUCCCACUUGAGGCUUUUGCUUCAGGCCAGUAACAUAACUAUCCUAUGUAAUCAAUUGCCUUUGCUUGAGUCUCAAGCAAAACUAAGUAAUAAAUCUGUCAUCUUUCCUUUUCAA